AUGUCUAAUACGGCUCCUGGCCAGUCUCGGCCAGACGACGCCAGAUGCUAUAACUGUGGCGAUUCUGGCCAUUGGACUGUUGCAUGUCCAGAACCCACCAGGGAAACCCCUGCUGGUCUCGCAGCCUGGAGAAACGCCAACGCUCCUGGACACGGAGGUAAUAGAGACCAUGGUGGUCCCAAAAAGUCUAAAGGUCCCAUCAUCACCAAAUAUGCACCUGCGCCUGUGCCAGCAUCAACACCAAGCGUGGCUCGAUAUGGUCCUCCUCCAGGAUAUGGGCCUCCUCCACCAACACACUACCCCGGAGGACCUCCCUCCUAUCCUCCGCAAUACCCUCCUUACGGAUCCUCAGCAUCUAACUACGCACCACCUGGCUACGCACCUCCAGGCUACUCUAACCCAUAUCCUCCACCUUCUUAUGGUGGUCCUCCCCCAGGUCUUCCGGCAGCACCUCCCAGGCCUCCUGGCACAUAUGCUUCUCCGCCUCCGCCUCCGCCUCAACCUCCAGCGCAUCCACCUCCAUAUCCACCGCGCGCAUAUGGUCCUCCGCCUCGCCAAGACCACGUCCCCUACCCUCCACAGCCUCACUAUCCCCAUUAUCCACCGCCAGCUUCAGCACCAUAUGCUCAGCACCCACCGCCACCAUCAUACCCGCCCCCUUAUCCCUCUCACAGCGCGCCUCCGUCAUAUGGGCACCCUCCGCCUUCGCGGCCCCCUAUCCCGUCACCAGCACUGCCUUCUACAUCACGUCCACAUCGACCAGCUUCGUCCUCAGUACCACGCCAGAGUUCUGCCUCAACAUUACCUUUGCCAGCUUCUUUGCCCCCUAAACCCUCUCUACCCCCUAAACCACCACAGCCCAAUCAGCAUGGCCAACCUGGUAGGGGACGGCGGGAAUUUCCUGACCAUUCUCGAGAUCAUCGCAACAAGCGCAAGAAUGACCGACACUCUCGUAAUCACGAUAAUCGACAGAAGAAGAACCAGCCCCAUUCUCGGCCGGAUCAGAAGCCACAAGAGAAUAACAACAGACGCCCUGAUCCCAAGACACCCAAUCAUCCUAAACCUGCGCCAUCUCCUCAACAGGGGGAUCAGAAAGGCUCAACCACUGCUGUUAAACCAAAGUCAAGCCCCCCUGCUGAUUCUCCUGAAACUAAAAAGGUUCAAGUUGAAACUCCUAGACCUGAUUCAUCACAGAGACCAGAUACAGCACCCGAAAAGGCUGUCGACGAUGAAUUUGAAUGGGACAAGAAUGCCAUAUUCGCAGAGCCAGAACCACGUCAUCCACCAGAUGAGGUUGGUAAGCCGUUGCCGGCAGAAUAUAAUGAUGAGGAAUACGUGAAGCCAAUACACGAAACUCCGUAUUGGUCAAAGAUCGAACACGACCCCGCGUUCGUGCGAGACGGCAAGCUUCCUAGCGGACACCCCAUUGCCAGUCUCCCGCCAAGACCACCACCAAAACUUGAGGAGAUCGUUCGGAGCGAAAGUUCCGAACGUGGCGAGGUCCAUGAACGACUUGCGAAACGAGGCCACCCAGACGACGGUACCCCUGGUGAGCGUCCACUGAAGAGACAAAGAUCCCGAAGCUCUUUCGACGCCGGCCGCAGAGGAUCACGGGGCCGGCAUUCACUCUCGCGUGAUUCGUACGUUCCACAAGGACGCAGGUCACGUCCAGGUAGUCCCGAACGUCGACCUACAGAAUUUCGUAACGUCGACGACCAGCGACGAUCGAUAGACCGGUACCAACCAGACCGGGAUAGAGAUCAUAGCCGUGGUCGUGGACGUCAUCGGAGCCGUACUCCAAGUCGCAGUCGACACCGUAGUCCGAGUCGGAGUCGAAGUCGGAGUCGAAAUCGCAGCCGCAGUCCUAGUCGCAGCCGCCGCCGCAAUCGAACCCCAACGUCGCGCGACUCAUCAGUAUCUGCUGCAUCUUCAGGAUUGGAUUCCUUGGAAGCCGAAUUGCUGGGACGAGAUACUAAAGCAAAGACUCCUGAAGGAUCUCCACGGCCGAAGUCGUCUUUGUCAGGGCUCAAGCCAAAACGGCGACAAGCGAAGCUCGAUUCAGCGUACAGCCGUCGUUGGUAG